AUGGACGAGUCGCGGUCUUGGCACGUAGAGUGUCUAGAGCGGCUCUUAGUGAUGACGUAUGCAAAGCGCGUAGAACUGGAAGCGUUUCAUUCCAUCUACAUUACUGCGAGAAGCGGCUGUCUUGAAUUUUUGCUCGUUUUAAACUUUUCGUCCUGUUUUCGCUACACAUUUAAAAUGGCUGACUACUGGAAGUCACAACCAAGGAAAUUCUGCCAGUACUGUAAGUGCUGGAUUGCAGACAACAAACCUAGCAUUGAAUUUCACGAAAGAGGCAAGAACCAUAAAGAAAAUGUUACUGCCAAAAUCUCAGAGAUUAAAAAAAAGAGUAUCGACAAGGCCAAACAGGAGGAACGCAUGUCCAAGCAGUUCGCAGCCAUGGAGGAGGCGGCACUCAAGGCCUACGAGGAAGACCUGAAGAGGAUGGGAAGGGAAUCGGAAGGUUUGAGCUCUCCGGUCCAGGCCACGCCACGGCCGCCACCUCAGGUCAGACCCGAGGUCCGAGUUCAGGCCAAACCACAGGCCAGACCCCAGGGCAAACCCCAACCUAAGAAACAGCAAAAGAAAGGAGGAAAAGCAGGCAUGAAGUCCAGAGAGCCGCCGGCCAAUCAGGUUUGGGUCGAAGGCCUGACGGAAGAGGGACACACGUACUAUUACAACAGCUCAACCGGAGAGUCUCGGUGGGACAAACCGGCGGGUUUUCAGGGAGAAAAUUCCAUUUCGGCACAGCCCGAGCAAAUGGAAAGUUCCUCCGGCUCCGCUUGGAUGGAAGCUGUCAGUCCCGAUGGGUACACGUAUUUCUACAACACAGAAACAGGAGAGUCCAGCUGGGAAAAGCCGACCGAUUUUCUUUCCGAGAAGGCGUCUGGAUUCGGUGAACAGGGGGAGAUUCAAGAGGAGCCUUCAGCCCCGGAGCUGGACCCAAUUCCGGCAGAGGAAAGCACAAAGGAGGAAUCCGAGGAGGCCCUCGAUCCUGCCAACCAGCAGCCCAGAAUCCCAAAGAUCAGCUUCAGGAAAAGAAAAGCGGACGAUGAGCUCGCAGAAAAAGGAGAAGAAGACGAGGCAAACACUGAUCCUCCAAAGGAGGAGGAGAGGGUACAGGAGGUCCAAACCCCGGCGGUGGAACCGGAGAAGACGACACCGGUCGUGACCAAAGCCAAAAGAUCCAAAGCCGCCAAUCCCUACGGGGCCUGGGAACGGAUCAAGGAGGAGGAGGACCCCUACGCCAAGGUGGACCUGCAGCUGCCUCAGGUGGAGGGGGGCGCCGCCAACGAGCCGGUGGACCUCCCGCCGGAGCCCAAACCCAAAUUCAAAGAGCGCGUCAUCACCUCGCUGGGAGACGAGGGCGGGUCAGCCUCCUUCCGGAAAAUCAAGGCGCAGAACGGCAAAUCCCGGAGCCUCCGACAGAGAGACGACGACGACUAACCCCCGCCUCCUCACGACUUUUUUACGCCAAUAAAAACUUGCUGACGCUUUUUUUUCCCCCUUAUUUUUGGACUAAUUUGUUCUCUGUUUAUACUGGUUUCUGUCAUAAAGUUCGCUCUUAUCAACACGCCAUUGUGAACUUUUUUCUGGCUUUACUUUACUUAGCGUACAAAUUCGUUACUUUGCUUUGGUUAAGAGUCGAAACCCUACAGAUAAAAAAAAAAAACUUAUUACGAGAGCCACUGGGACAUUUGCCAAGGGUGUGACGCGCUUUUAGUUCAAAGUGUGUGUAUCAAGCUGAUAGGUGCUUUCGCCGCACCCUGACUGGCAAAGAACCACAAAAAGAUACAGGCAAUAAAACACACAGCUGACUUAUUUCCAAGAGGAGUUAACCCUGACCGAGCUUUUGGAGAGGUGAAGAUACCAUUUUUCUUUUUAGGAGAUCGGGGAGACAACAUCUUGAGCAGAUAACUGCAAAGCCGAUCUUAGUUCAGUCCGAUUCGCGACUAUCCUAAAAGUAUAUUCAAGAGGAACUGGACUUUUUGAGUAUACUCUUAGAAUAAAAUAGUCUUCUACAGGCCCUUUUCCUUGAGACGGAGGUGAACUGCUGAGUCAUGGCCUGAAGUGCUGACUCUCCUAUGCCGUGUACUGGAGGA